AUGUUCUUGAAGCGAGUGUUGGCUCAUGCCACUUCCGUCGCUGUUGGUGUUUAUAUUGGCUCUCAAUAUUAUGGCACUCUUUUUACUCCUCAUCAUCGUCAUCCUCUUCAAGAUCCAUCUACAAUAAAACAAGUUUCUGAUGAGAAAGAUCAUGGAUCGCAGUUAUCUUUGACUGAAACAAUUUAUCAAUAUUUAGAGAAUCAACAUGAUGAUCUUCGUUGGCCAAAAUAUAAUAUUCAUGUGGAAGAGGCUCACAACCAUGAAAAAAACGAGACAUUUGAACUCUUUAAAACAUUUAAUGAGUUUGGCUUACCGACCAAUGUUGGUCAAUUGAAUGUCUUUUCUCGUUUUUUAUCAGUGACUGAUAACAGGUUAAAGAUUCCAAUGUUUGUGUGUUGGUCCAUUCCACAUUUCGAUAAUGAAAAUUAUGUUGAAAAAUCGGAUAGAAAGUUCUCUAAAUUUAUGAAAAGUCCAAUAUUUGAACAAUUAUCAAGUUUUAAUCCUGAUAACACGGAUUACUUUGGAAGCAAGUUUUCUAGGGGUCAUUUAGCAAACUGUGGUGAUUUCACAGGAUUUGACCAAGAGGCAAUGAAUGAAACACAUCUUUUAGCGAACAAUAUUGUUCCUCAAGACUAUGACAACAACGCUAAUUAUUGGCUCAGAAUGGAAAGAUUUACACGAUCAUUGGCUGAUGACUUUGAUGUUGUUCAUGUCAUUGCAGGUCCCGUCUUCAUGCCAAGACUUUAUGACAACAAACAAGAACCGGAUGCAGCAAGGCCCAAAGCAGGACCCAAAGGAGAAGUCAAGUACUGGAUUGUCGGCAACAACCAGGUUGCUGUUCCUACGCACUUGUUUAGAAUAAUUAUUGCUGAGAGAAGUAAAACGGAGAUAGAAGAAGAGGAAUCACAACGAAAAUCACCUCAGUAUUAUGCUCAGGCUUUUAUUGUACCAAAUAGCCAGGUUGAUAAGUUUGAUCAUUUAACCAAAUAUUCAAUAUCUCUGAAAGAACUUGAAUUCCUUACUGGAAUGCGCUUCUUAGACAAGUUGGAGAAGAGUGGCAAAAUGAAUCCUUUGUGCUGCAAUAAUCUUGCUAUUGACGCCAAUAUCAUUCGCCAGGAAGAGAACCCUUUAAAAGAACCAACAAGUUGUGCAUGUAAUUGUGAUCUUCCACCUUGGCAAGAUAUUGAAUUCCAAACACUAUUAUGGAAUAAGAACGUAACAGAGAAGGAAUUAACUGAUAAAUGGGAAUCUUUGUUAAGGGAAACUAAUUGGAAGCCUUCCAAAGAUAUUAUCAGAAGACGCAAUUCCAAGUUAGAGGAGCUCAGAAACAAAUAA